ACACAUGAAAUAGGUUAUGUUUCCUCAUCCACACAUGUGUUGUCCUCACAGUAAACACUUUCUGACAUAAAUAAGAAGAUGGUUGUUUUAAAAGAUACAACUGAAGAUAUAGAAAUGACUGAAAUUAGCAUAUCAGAGCAAAAAAGACUGGAGUCAAUAAGAAAUAAGAAAAAGGCUUUCAGGUCCAAAGAAUUGAUAGUGCAAAAUGCGUUGAAAAAUUUGGAUAAGAAACCAAGCAAUAAUAAAAUAAUAUUUGAUGAAGACAUUGAUCAAAUAGAACAAACUGAAAGUAAAAAAAAAGCUAAGAAAAGGAAACGUGACUUGUUUGAUAAUGAUGAUAAUGAUGAAGGUGAUGAACCUAAUUGGGAUAAUGACAAACUCAGAGUUAAGGAAAAGAGGCCAAAGUUUGCUGGGUCCAAUGGAAUGGAUGAACGAUUUAAACUGGAUGAACGUUUCAUAGAAGAUGAUGUUCAGGAUGAAAAUGACACAACACAAAUAGAUGAUGAAUCUGACUUAAAAAAGGAAAAGGAAUUGGAACUAGAUAUCUUAGAAAAUAUUCUUGGGGUACCAUGUAAUACAAAAAAUAAGACUGCAACUACAGAGGCAAAGUCUGCAAAGAAAGGAAUGAUUAGAUAUGAUCCCACAAAAGAUAACCAUAAAGAAUAUGAAAUUACUACAGAGAAACCAGAGACAACUAAGAAAAAAGUUGAAAAGAAAAAGAAGACCAAAGAGAGGACAGAAAGUGUCACUGAAAAUCCACCUGUGGAAGUGUCCAAAGAUAUUUAUUUUUCAGUAUCAGAAUCUUUAACAAAGAGCUUAAAAGAAGGAGGACAAUUUAGUUUAUUAAAUAAAUUUGGAAGUACACAAAAUAAUGAGAAAGGAGAUGAUGACUAUAAUGCACCAACAUUGGAAACAUCAAAACCUCCAAAAUUUCAAUUUGAACCUCUGUCAAAAAAUCCAUUUAAAUAUGAUUCUUCUGAUGAUGAACACGAGGAUCAAGAAGCAUAUGAAAAUAAUGAGCAAAAUAUUAAAGAUGAUGUGGUUCAAGAUACACAUAAGUUCUUUUUCGACGUUAAUGAUACGCGUUUUAACGAAGCUGUAACUUUCUUUUCUAAAGAAUUCUCGGAGAAUGAUACAUUUAAAGAUCUUAGGCAUGAACUGAAACAAAUUGUGCGUUCGAAAAUUCGAAAUAAUAUUAAAAAGGUUCAACCAUUUGGGCGAAAAAACAAGAUAAAGAGGUUAUCUAAAAAGAUUCAUUAAACAAUUUAUUAAUCUUUUAAAAAUAUAAACAGGAACAUUAAUUUAUACAAAUGCCUUUACAAAAGUUUCUAGAAAAGAAAAAAUAAAAAUGCUGUAAGAAAAUAUAUAUAUAUAUAGUAUAUACAUACCAUACAAAUUUUAUUAAUACACAAUUAAUAUUUUAUCACUUAAUUAGUUACGAUUAUUCAUUUUUUAUACAAAUUCUUUAA